AUGGAUUUUGCCCCUCUCGGAGAACAGAGUUUUCCCGUUGCUAGUGCUUUGAUCGCGCUCCAGUGGUGUAGGUCUUUCCUUUCUUACUGUGACGCUGGAAUAGGAGGGAAUGUGGCGCGGAGAACAGGGGAAGAGCUAUCGAUCGCAUUGAUUCUUCGAGCGAGGGCAACAGCUCGAGGGUAGCACGACGCUCCCAUUCGAUCGAUCGCUGGGUAGGGUUUGAGGCGGGUGCGCUUGCUCUUUUCUUCCCUCGGUUUCUUGAAUUAGGGCUUGGGCAAAGCAUCACGCUCUGCGCGAGCAGGGCUUUAGGCGGCAAGGUGCUGGGCGCGCUAGGGUUUAGAUCGGCCAGGAAUACCAACAGUUCUUACCGAAAUCCGGAGAGAGGAGCAAGAAGAGGGCGAAAUCUCUCUCUCUCUUGCUCGUAAGCAGGGCAUGCUCUGUUUGGCAUCGAUCAAUGCGGUGAAAUUUGGGAAAGAUUCUGAGUGACAUGGUGGAGGUGGAAGUAGCGCCGUGGAUCAAGGGGCUUCCUGUAGCUCCAGAGUAUCGCCCCAGCGAGGCCGAUUUUGUGGAUCCCAUCUCCUUCGUGCUGAGGAUCGAGGAGGAAGCUGGGCAGUUUGGGAUUUGCAAGAUCGUCCCGCCCACCGUGAAGCCGCGCCGGAAGUCGCUCCUUCCAAACCUCUACAGGUCCAUAGCCGCGGCCGGGAAAUCGUCGGGGAAGAAGGCAUCGAUUGGGCUCGACGCGAAUUCUCUAGCGGGAUCCAAGUUUACCACUCGCAAGCAAGAGCUGGGCGAUCAGACUCACGCUCAAACUCGGCACAGCAAGGGGGCAAGCUAUACCUUGGACCAGUUUGAGAUCAAGGCCAAGGCUUUUACUCGAGCACAGGUUGGAACUUCCAGGGAUGUUGUUCCGGUUGUCUUGGAGGCUCUGUUCUGGAAGACAAUCGAGGAGGAUAAGCCAGUGACUGUGGAAUAUGCGGACUAUAUUCCAGGCUCCGCGUUCCCGGAGAGUGAUAGCGAGCAGGGCGAUGGCAAGAAAAGGAAGAAGAGUGCUGUGGACAGGGAAGGGUGGAAGCUCGUCAAUAGUCCCUGGAACAUGAGAUACUUGGCGAAGUUACAGGGGUCUUUGCUGAGAUUCAUGCCUGGCGAGGUCCAAGGCGUGACGUCUCCGCUGUUAUACAUAGCCAUGCUCUUCAGCCACUGGUCAUGGAGAACCGAGAGCCACGACCUCCACUUUGUGGACUAUUUGCAUCUGGGUGCUCCGAAGACGUGGUAUGUGGUGCCACCCGGCGCGGCUCCUGCUUUCGAGGACGUUUUAAGAAACCAAGACGAUAACUCCGUCGUCAGCCCGGAAGUGCUCGUGAUCAAUGGCGUUCCCUGCUGCAGACUUGUGCAGAACCCUGGAGAGUACGUCAUCGUUUUUCCGAGGGCGUAUAAUUUCAGCUUCAGCCAUAGUUUCAAUUGCGGUGAAACCAGCAGUUUAGCAAGUCCAGGCUGGUUGAAAGCUGCCAAGCAAGCAGCUGCUCGCAAAGAAUUAUUAUGCCGUCCUCCGAUGGUUUGCCAUGAGAAAUUAUUAUACCAAACAGCACUAGCGUUUGCGAAAAGUUCGAACGCACAGGAUGUCCGAAGUUCGAGACUAAAGCACAAAAUGAAAGUCGGCGCAGAGGAAGCAGUAAGAACAGAGUUCGUCAACGACAUGGCCAAGAAUCAACAGGUGCUCGACAAACUCGUUAGCAUGACACAGGCAAGGCGGGUUAUUUUCAAGGGCGAUGACGGGAAGGAGAGUCUCUCCAACCUGGUGAACUUAGGCACAAUUGACUCUAUCUCGCUGCUAUCAUUUGUGUGCGAAACCAUGGAAGGCGCCGACGAGAAGGUUGGCGAUGAUGAGACCCUCGGUAAAAACAGUCCUCCUCGAAUUGAUUGGGGGAAUGUAUCCUGUUCCAUUUGCGGUAUUCUGUGCUACUCCUGCAUAGUGAUUGUUCAGCCGACGUCCAAAGCCAGUGAGAGUAUUCGGGAAGGAAGAUUGACAGUCACAGAUGAGAACCACGUACAGGAAGAUGAGAAUGGAUCGUCUCGGAAGGUUCUACCUCCGAAUGGGAGCAGGAAAGCAGGCCGGGAUAACUUACAGCGUCCAUAUAUCAUGUGCUCGGAGCACGCGUUACAGGUAUCCUUGCUGCUCCAAGGUUGCGGGGGAAGCCUCGUUCUGGUUGUUUAUCAUCCAGAGUAUGAGAUGUUCGAUAAGAAUGCGAAGGACUUUGCAAUGGAUAUGAGCAUGCGGUGUCGCUUCAGAGAUACCACGUAUGACGAGGAGAACCAGCAGGAUUUGCAACUCAUCAGCGCUGCAAUCGAAGCGGCUGAGAGACCUGACAACGGUUGGAUUGAUCAUGUUCAGGCAAGGCUUCCAGCGACAGCAUCCUUUUUAGAAAACAGCAGGGCAGAAACAGACGAAGAUGACACUGAAUUGGUGGUAGAGAAGACAUCGAAGGAGAAGAAAGUAGUCGGGCGUUGGUGUGGUCGGGUCUGGAGACAUGAUCAGACGCACGCCAUUUUAGGAGGGUGCCGAACAGCUUCCAAAGUAGAAGAUAACCAGGAUGAGUUAGCGGAUAGUAAGACCAGGAAAAGUAAAGGCGGCCACGACGAGGACAUACUUAAGAGUGAGGACUAUGCAAGCCUCAGGAAAAACUGUAGGAAAAGGAAACGGACACAAAUGGUUGCAGUAUGGCGGGUUGAAUCCGAGCCUCAGCCUUGCUCCACGCAAAUAAGUGAAAGUCUUCCUUCUGAACUGGAGGCCAACGAUGUCAAGACCGAGAAGGUUGCUUCUCUUGACGAGGAUGUCAAAGUGUCAGAGCCAGAGCUUCGAACGGAGAAUCGCUCGUCUGAAGAAGGCCGGCCUCUACCUCCUCUAGUUUGCAAGGAAGAAAAGGAAGAAAACGGGAAGUUGGAGCUGCCGUGUCCUGAGGAAACGACCAAGCCGCUAGUUAUCGUGGACUGCAAGGAGGAGCCUGAGAUUCAUCGUGAAGCUGUGGUUUUGGACGAAGAGGCCCCUCAGGAGAAUGUUGCGGCAUAUAAGGAAGUGUUACCAGCUCCUCCGGAGGAACCUGAGCAGCAAUCCAAGGAGAAGGAGCCUGACCCGGUAGCUGCUGAAAAUGAGCCUGUUUCGGUGGUGAUCACUGAAGACGAUGGUCAGCAUGGUGCAGGAUCGACGCUCUGUUUCUCAAACAGCGUAUGGCAUGACGUGCCUAUCUCGUUUUCUCCAACUUUUCAUUCAUCGUACAUGGAUGAGAAGCCAAAGGCAUGGCCGACGGCUCACAGGACGCCAUUGAAGAUAGGAAUCCCAAAGAGGAAAAGGACUCAAAUAGCUUCAUCUUUGGAGGCUAGCGACGAAGAGAAACAGCUAACAGACGAGGACCUGGAAGAAGAUUAUGAUGAAGAAGAAGAAGCAGAGGAAGACGAGGAGGAGCAGAAUUAUAGCAAUGUGUCAGCUUCGUCUGUUGAGGAUGACGAACGCGCUGUGGAUGAAGCCGCAGAGUAUGGUCUGGAAUCCAGAGCUAAGAGGACCAAGCGCAAGAGCUGGAAAGCUCAAGCAGCAGAAGAACAAGAGAAAGCUCCUAGACGAGGAGGAGCGAAGAAGGCCUCGACGUCGACAAAAAGGCCUGGCAGCGAGGCGACGAAGCGCAAGCUUGCUCCCGGCAUGGUGCACUCUCAUGGACUACACACUUGCGACUUCGAUGGAUGCACGAUGAGCUUCCGAACAGCGAGCGAGCUAGCUCUGCACAAGCGCAACAUCUGCACCAUCAAGGAGUGCUCCAAGCGCCUCUGCUCGCACAGCUACCUGAUGCAGCACUACCGCGUCCAUGCCGACGACCGGCCUCUCAAGUGUCCCUGGAAAGGCUGCAAGAAGACGUUCAAAUGGUCCUGGGCCCGAACGGAGCACAUCCGAGUCCACACCGGCGAGAGGCCCUACGCCUGCACCGAGUGCGGCAAGAGCUACAGGUUUGUCUCGGAUUUCAGUCGCCACAAGCGUACAACGGGUCACAGUACGUGAAGAGCUGGCAAGGGAAGAGCAGGAAUGCAACAGGCAGGGAAGGAAUCCAGGAUCAGCCAACCAUCGGACAGUCAGACGAGGAACUUGAAAGCUUUGAUGGAGAAAGGUUGGAUGACGCCAGUGCUUGGAACGAGGACUGGGACUGUGAGACUGAGACUCCGGGAAGACUUGUCUGAAUAGAGCAUGCACGGAACGGCACAGGGACAGGGCUUGGAAAAGCUUGGAUUUUGAUGAACAGGCAUACAGGGCUGGAAGGAUGGAAAGUUUUGUGGAGGCUGAAGUUUGGAUUUUGAGGUUGGAUAUGCUAUAGGAAAACGGGCAACCGGCACAGGCACAGGGAUGAAAGGAUGGAAGGUUUUGUGGAGGAUCUCUUUUUCUCUGGAAGAAAGGAAGUUUGGAUUUUGAUGGGACUGAGGUGGAAGUGGUGAUGGAAAGCUUUGGGAAUAGUGGCGAAACGUGUAGAGCUUGAUCAUCGGGCAUCUCUCGCACUCACGCGAAAAGUUGGGAAGUUUUUUGGAAGUUCUUUCUACCUGGGAAAGCUUUUAUAGUCGCUGGAAAAGUCUGUGGACUUGGGGAGAGAUCUACUGUGAAGCCGUUUAUACUGACAGCGACGCAGAGCGAAGAAGAUGGACUCUGGAAAGUCCAGUCGUGGAGGUGAAAUUGUAAAUGAAUUUGGUGGCUGUGCCGUGCGGCCGGAUUAUAUAUCUUUAGCCGGGU